UGUAACAGGAGGCUGGUGCUGUUGCGUGACUUGUAACGUACGUGACGCCGCACCACCUCCCUCUUCUCUCCUCCCUUUGUGCAGUUCACAAGCUCUUCCCAGGCAGGAUUGGAACCCACACACAGAGAUAAUGGCUGUACCUCCCACCUAUGUUGACCUUGGAAAGUCUGCCAGGGAUGUCUUUACUAAGGGAUAUGGCUUUGGGCUCAUUAAGUUGGACUUAAAAACGAAGUCUGAGAAUGGACUGGAAUUCACCAGCACAGGCUCUGCCAACACUGAGACCAGCAAGGUGUCUGGAUCCCUGGAGACCAAGUACAAGUGGGCAGAGCAUGGACUGACUUUCACAGAGAAGUGGAACACCGACAACACUCUGGGGACUGAGAUCACUCUGGAGGACCAGCUGGCCAAAGGUCUGAAGCUGACAUUCGACUCCUCUUUCUCACCAAACACUGGUAAGAAGGGCGGCAAGCUCAAGACGGCUUUCCAGUGUGACCACAUCAAUCUGGGCUGUGACGUGCACUACGACAUUAAUGGUACAGCCAUUCACGGCGCGGGGGUGGUAGGCUACGAGGGCUGGUUGGCCGGCUAUCAGAUGACCUUUGAGGCUGGCAGGAACAGGAUCACCCAGAGCAACUUCGCUGUAGGAUACAAGACUGAUGAGUUCCAGCUCCACACAAAUGUAAAUGACGGGACUGAGUUUGGUGGCUCCAUCUACCAGAAGGUCAACGACCAGCUGGAGACCGCUGUCAACCUGGCCUGGACCGCUGGAAACAGCAACACCCGCUUUGGCAUCGCCGCCAAGUAUCAGAUUGACCCUGAUGCAUCUUUCUCUGCCAAGGUGAAUAACUCCAGUCUUGUGGGUCUGGGGUACACUCAAACUCUGAAGCCUGGUAUCAAACUCACGCUCUCUGCUCUCCUUGAUGGCAAGAACAUCAACGCCGGUGGCCACAAGCUUGGACUAGGGUUGGAGUUCCAGGCAUAGGAAGAUGGAAGGAUGAGGGAGACACCCUUCCAGACUUCCCUGCACACACACACAUUCCCCACCAAAAAAUAAAUCCCCUCCAAAAUCUUUAUCAAUUAGCUUGCCCUCACAAAAUCCCCAUUUCCCCUAAAUGUACAACAGCUGGAAAUAAAACGGCCUAAAGAUCAUUUGCUAAUACAAAGAUCUAUCACUUUUAAAGGACCAGAUCAAGGGAACAUUAUAUUUUUAAAUACAGAGCCUGUUUCAGAACAAAACAGAACAGACACGUUUGACAAUGAAUUGUGUAGCUUGUCAGGGAAUUGCAACCUUGAGCACGAUCAUGGUCUCACUCUUUAUCAUGUCACUACGGUCACACUCAAUGCUUUAAUUUAUGUGUUUCUAUAAUUUCUGAUGCAAUUUCAAGGGAAAAGUAAAAUGAAAUUGGGGUAAAAUGCAUAAUGAGCUCAACGCAGUUACUGUGCAGUUGAGUACUUAUGUCACCAGAUGGCGCUGUUGUGUAGUGCCAGUAUGCACUCCUCGCUCCAAAGGUGUAGAGGUCAGUUAACUCUGAAUUCUGCACUGGGGAGCUCUUGUGUUGGUUUUGAAAUAUUAUCCAAUGGGAAAGGGUUAGUUGUCGCUAAAGUAAGUAGCUUUGAGUAGCUCCAAGAGACACUAUACCCCAAUGUGUACAUUCUAUGUUUUUGUCUCACUUGUCUUUUGUCUCUGUGCAUUUGGUGUGAAUCUUGUCUUUUGUUACAUAUAACAGAGAACGUUAUUUUAUUGACAGUCUUGCAUAUUUUAUUUCACAUGUGAAGUCUUAUUAUGGUAAAGACGUGUCAAUGUUUCUUGAUAAGCAAAGAGGCACACAGUUGAACUCUGAGCAAGAGCUAUAGUACAUCUUUGGAGAAGGAUGAGAAGAACAAGUAUAUUGGACCGGGAAUGGUAGUCUUCCACAACUGGUUUUGGGACUCAUGCUUAGUGUAUUUGACAUUAUGUCAUUCCCUUAAUUAAAUAAAGAACAACUUGAACCAGG